CAGUUGAGGUUCCCUGAGCCUCGCAUCCUGAACAGCUGUCCAGUGUGACAACUUCACCUGCUCCAGAAACAAAAACAACCUGACCAUGAGCGGGGAUUAUGGACACGGAGACUCUCAGGUCAAUUCCGGAUCGAAAGGAAGCGACACCCACAGACAUAAAGACAAGCACAAAGACAAGGAACACAGACACAAAGACCACAAGAAAGAGAGGGAGCGAGAGAAAGUUAAGUACGGCAGCAGUGAACACAGGGACCACUCUGAGAAGAAACACAAAGACAAAGAGAAGCUGAAGCACAGCGACGGCAGCUCAGACAAGCACAGGGAAAAACACAAAGACAAAGACAAGGACAAAGAGAAGAGGAGAGAGGAAAAGAUCAAAUCAUCCCAUGUAGACAAGCUGAAAAAGGAGAAAAAAAAUGGAUAUGUAAGAGAUUCAAGCCCUGCUGCCAUUAAGAGCGAGCCUGAAGAAGACAAUGGCUUCUACCCUUCUCCGCAACACAACAAGACCUCCAAACGAGAGAGUAAUGAUGAAGAAAUUGAAUACAAGCCCAAAAAAGUCAAGACAGAGCAUGACAAAAAGGUCAAGAAGAGGAAACAUGACUAUGAAGAGGAGGAAGAGGACAUCAAGCCCAAAAAGAAAACAAAAGACAAAAAGGUAACAGAGGGAAAGGAAUCCAAAAAAGAAGAACAGGAGAAGUGGAAAUGGUGGGAGGAGGAGAGAUCUACUGAUGGCUCCAAAUGGCGAUUCCUUGAGCACAAGGGUCCAGUGUUUGCACCACCAUAUGAACCCAUGCCUGAUAAAGUCAAAUUUUACUACGAUGGUAAGCCUAUGAAACUUAGCGCUCCUGCUGAGGAGGUAGCUACAUUUUUUGCCAAGAUGUUGGAUCACGAGUACACCACCAAGGACAUUUUCAGAAAGAACUUUUUUAAGGACUGGAGGAAGGAAAUGACAUCAGAGGAGAAGUCAAAGAUCACUGACCUGAAUAAGUGCAACUUCAGUGAGAUGAAUGAGUACUUCAAGACCCAAUCAGAAGCGAGGAAACAGAUGUCAAAAGAAGAGAAACAGAAAAUCAAGGAGGAAAAUGAAAGACUCCUCCAGGAAUACGGCUUCUGCAUCAUGGACAACCACAAGGAGAGGAUCGGAAACUUCCGCAUUGAGCCGCCCGGCCUGUUCCGAGGACGAGGGGAUCAUCCGAAGAUGGGCAUGCUCAAACGGCGCAUCAGACCCGAAGACAUCAUUAUUAACUGUAGCAAGGACUCCAAGCACCCUAAACCUCCCUCAGGGUCAAAAUGGAAGGAAGUCCGCCAUGAUAAUAAGGUGACCUGGCUGGCAUCUUGGACAGAGAACAUCCAGGGCUCCAUCAAGUACAUCAUGUUGAAUCCUAGCUCAAGGAUCAAGGGGGAGAAGGACUGGCAGAAAUAUGAGACUGCUCGACGGUUGAAGAAGUGUGUGGAUCGCAUCCGUACCCAGUAUAGAGACGACUGGAAGUCAAAAGAGAUGAGGAUCAGGCAGAGAGCCGUGGCACUUUAUUUCAUAGACAAGCUUGCACUGAGGGCGGGUAAUGAAAAGGAGGAAGGUGAGACAGCGGACACGGUGGGCUGCUGCUCGCUGCGGGUGGAGCACAUCAAACUGUACCCCAAGCUGGAUGAACAGGAGUACGUGGUCGAGUUUGACUUCUUGGGAAAGGACUCCAUCCGCUACUACAACAAGAUCCCCGUGGAGAAGAGGGUCUUUAAAAAUCUGCAGCUGUUCCUGGAGAACAAACAGCCUGAGGAUGACCUCUUUGACAGACUGAAUACUUCUAUUCUGAAUAAGCACUUACAGGAGCUGAUGGACGGCCUGACAGCCAAGGUCUUUCGCACCUACAACGCCUCCAUCACCCUGCAGCAGCAGCUCAAGGAACUCACCUGCCCUGAUGACAGCUUCCCUGCUAAAAUCCUGUCAUACAACCGUGCCAACCGGGCGGUGGCCAUCCUCUGUAACCAUCAGAGAGCUCCACCCAAAACAUUCGAGAAGUCCAUGCAAAACCUUCAGACCAAGAUUGACGAGAAACAGAAUCAACUGUCAGCAGCCAGGAAGCAACUGAAGGCUGCCAAGACUGAUCACAAGAGUUCCCAUGAUGACAAGAGCAAAAAGGCUGUGGAGGUUAAGCGUAAAGCUGUCCAGAGGAUAGAGGAGCAGCUGAUGAAGCUCCAGGUUCAGGCCACAGACAGAGAGGAGAACAAGCAGAUUGCUCUGGGCACCUCCAAGCUCAACUACCUGGAUCCACGCAUCUCUGUGGCAUGGUGCAAGAAAUGGUCUGUUUCCAUUGAGAAGAUCUACAAUAAAACACAGAGAGAGAAGUUUGCCUGGGCGAUUGACAUGGCUGAAAAGGACUACGAGUUUUAAACGCACUUAAUGUUUCACCUUUU